CUGUGGGCUGACCCUCCGGGUGGCGCGUUCGGCAUGGCCGGGGCUGGGGACUGUGGCGGGCCGGACAGCUACCGCUCGCCGCUCGCUUCCCGCUAUGCCAGCCCGGAGAUGUGCUUCGUGUUUAGUGACCGCUACAAGUUCCGCACCUGGCGGCAGCUCUGGCUGUGGCUGGCGGAGGCGGAGCAGGCACUGGGUUUGCCCAUCACAGAUGAGCAGAUCCAGGAGAUGAAAUCGAACCUGGACAACAUCGACUUCAAGAUGGCGGCCGAGGAAGAGAAGCGCUUACGCCAUGACGUCAUGGCUCACGUGCACACAUUUGGCCACUGCUGUCCGAAAGCAGCUGGCAUCAUUCACCUGGGCGCCACCUCCUGUUACGUGGGCGACAAUACGGACCUGAUGAUUCUCAGACAUGCGUUGGAUCUGCUCUUGCCAAAGCUUGCCAGAGUGGUCUCUCGGCUUGCUGACUUCGCCAAGGAGCGAGCUGAUCUCCCCACCUUAGGCUUCACACAUUUCCAGCCCGCCCAGCUGACGACGGUUGGAAAACGCUGCUGUCUUUGGAUCCAAGACCUCUGUAUGGAUCUGCAGAAUCUGAGCCGCGUCCGAGAGGACCUGCGCUUCCGCGGGGUGAAGGGCACGACCGGCACACAGGCCAGCUUCCUACAGCUCUUUGAGGGGGAUCACCAGAAGGUGGAACAGCUGGACCGGAUGGUGACUGAGAAGGCAGGCUUUAAAAGGGCUUUCAUCAUCACCGGUCAGACCUACACGCGCAAAGUGGACAUCGAGGUGCUCUCCGUGCUGGCCAGCUUGGGGGCCUCGGUGCACAAGAUUUGCACCGACAUACGUCUCCUGGCAAACCUCAAGGAAAUGGAAGAGCCCUUUGAGAAGCAACAGAUUGGCUCCAGCGCGAUGCCGUACAAACGGAACCCCAUGCGGUCAGAGCGUUGCUGCAGCCUUGCCCGCCACCUGAUGACCCUUGUGAUGGACCCGCUGCAGACGGCCUCCGUGCAGUGGUUUGAGCGCACGCUGGAUGACAGCGCCAACCGGCGGAUCUGUUUGGCUGAGGCCUUUCUCACCGCAGACACUCUGCUGAGUACCCUGCAGAACGUUUCCGAAGGGCUGGUGGUGUACCCCAAAGUGAUUGAACGGCGCAUUCGGCAGGAGUUGCCUUUCAUGGCCACAGAGAACAUCAUCAUGGCCAUGGUCAAAGCUGGGGGUAACCGCCAGGAUUGCCAUGAGAGAAUCCGCGUGCUGUCCCAGCAGGCAGCUGCUGUGGUGAAGCAGGAAGGCGGUGACAACGACCUGAUGGACCGGGUGCGCGCCGACGCCUACUUCAGCCCCAUCCACUCCCAGCUCGACCGUCUGCUAGAUCCGUCCUCCUUCACCGGUCGCGCUGCCCAGCAGGUACAGAGAUUCUUAGAGGAAGAAGUGUACCCCCUGUUAAAGCCAUAUGAAAGUGUGAUGCAGGUGAAAGCAGAGUUGUCACUGUAGACGAGGAGAAGUCAUUAUCGGUUUUGUUAACUUCAUUGCUGAGACAUGAACAGUGUUAUGCAGUGCCUUAUUUUCCUUCCAGAACUAUUAAAUUAAUUCAGUACUU